AUGAGUGUUGAUUGUUCAGAUAAAAUAAUUCUAAAUGGUGUAGAUGUUGUUAACAUUAAUGAACUUAGUCCAAGUCAAAAUAGAGCGUUACUCAAGUUUAUAGAAGCAAACAAAGAUUUAUUAUCUGCCUCUGAUAGACCAGUUGAUUCAUCAAAUAAUCAUUCUAUUGGAAAUAAAUUUUCAGGAAGAAAUUCAAGAUAUGAUGAUAAUCAGUAUAGAUCAAAUACAUCUGGACUAAAUAAUGAUAAAUAUAGUACACUUGACACUUCAUACUCAGCACCUUUUCCAUAUUCUGAUAGAAAUUCAUCUUAUGGAACGUCUCAAAAAAGAAAAGAAGUUAGCUGGUCUGAUGCUAUUGAUUCUCUAGGAAAUCAACAACAUCCUAGAUCUUACUCAUCUUUAAGUCGUGGAAAUAAUAAUUAUUUAGGUGUCAAUAACCCAUCUUCAGAUAUUUUUAACAAGCAAGAUCGUUCUAGAUCAUAUUCUCCUACUAUUACCCAUCCCUUAUCAAAAAAUAAACAGAAUUUAUAUAAAAGUUCACCAAAUAAUAUGGUAGGAUAUUAUGGUAGUCAACAAAAUAUUCCUCAAACACCUCAAUCAAUGUAUGCUCGUGAUAGAACAAUAUCACCAUUAACCAAUUAUGGAACACAGAUAAGAGAAAAUCGUUCUUCCUCAACAUAUGGAAAUAAUCCAGCUGCAUAUGAUUCUCAUUCAACUAUCAUACAUGAUAUUAGAAGAGCAACAACACCAACAAAAAAACCAAAAGAAUUUGAUGAUUCAAGAUUUGGUGGAUUUGGUGAUAGACCCGGAAGUGGAGUUGAAUUAUUACCAACUAAAUGGCAUGGUGGAGAAAUUAUAUCUGAUCCAACUCAAAUACCAAAAGGUUUGAAACCUAAAAGAUUUUAUUAUUCACCUAUUGGUGAUGGUACUGUUGCUGCUGAUGGUAUUGAGUUAAAAAAAUUACCCCCAGAUCUUACACCAAAAGUUGAAAUAAUUCAUCAAAGAACAGUUGAAAGAAAAGGAAAUGAUGGACAUGGUGGUAUUAAAAUUUAUGAAAAAGAAUGGACUGAAGGUGGAGGUCAUGGAGGUAGUGGAGGAUCUAAUCUUAAUUCUCGCCUUUCUGCUGAUCCAACAUCAGGUUUUGGGGAUAAUUCAAAAAAUGAUCCUUAUUCAAAAGAUGGUGAUCCAUUUAAUAAAAGAAAUGAUUUAUAUGGAAAUCGUGGUGAUCCUUUUAAUAAAGGUAAUAAUGAUCCAUACAAUAAAAAUAAUGAUCCAUAUAAUAAAAAUAAUGAUCCAUAUAAUAAAAAUGGUGAUCCUAAUAAUAGAGGUGACAAUUUAAAUGAUCCUUUUGGAAGUUUAUCAAAUAUGGUUCCUUCAAGAAGUAAUAAUGUAUCUCCAUAUAAAUCAUAUCCAGCAAGUGAAUCUCAAUUUCCAACAGGAAGAGAUUCUACUGGUUCCUCUAUGUUUGGAGAUUCUACACGCUCCCGUAGAUUUGAAAUUAAAACUGAUUAUAUGAUUACAAAUCCAAGAGAAUUAAUCCACCAAUAUGCAACAACAACACCAACUGCUGUUUUAAAUUUUGGUGAAGGACAUGAUUCUUCAAAAACUGUAACAACAAAAAGUUCAUACUCUGCAACAUCAUCAAGUUAUAAAGAGGAAUCAUCUAAUUAUUCUCCAUAUGCUCCAUACCAUAGUCCAAAUCCAAAUCUUGUUGGUCCUAAAAAAUUUGUCCAACAAUUACGUGAUGAAACAUUGACAAGUUCUCAACGUGAAGCUAAUACUCAUUUAAAUCCUUUAAAUGAACAUGAUAUUCAAGGACAACAAAAACUUGAUCAAGUUAAAAGGGAAACUGUUACAAAAUCUGCCAGAGGUUUUAAUGAAGUUGACAAUCUUACUGAACGAAUGAUGCAUGAUUUACAGACAGGAUACCCAACAGUGCCAAAAUAUUAA